CCACCCAUGCAUUGCGUAAUAAUAGCGCGACUUGUCUCGCCACCUAAUUCACUUUUUAUAGCGAGUACGCUGAGUGCCAACUUUUGUCUGGAGUUUGUUCCGCGGCGAAAAAUGUCGGCGACACGACCGGUUACCUUGCUUGGCACCAUGGCCUUCGGUGGUCGGGCGAACGCCGAGCAGAGUCUGGAUAUGGUCAAGACCUUCCUGAACCGUGGACACAAACACUUGGACACUGCUUUCAUGUAUACGGAUGGAAAGGCGGAGAACAUCAUGGGGGGCAUGAACCUCCCCCAAACAGUCAGCAUUGCCACCAAAGCAAACCCUUGGGACGGCAAGACAUUGAAACCAGAGAGCGUGCGCUCUCAACUGGAGACCUCUCUCAAGCGUCUGCGAACAGACUGCGUAGAUCUUUUCUACUUGCAUGCGCCCGAUCACCUCAAUCCAAUCGUGGACACCUUGCGGGCUUGUGACCAGCUCCACAAAGAGGGGAAAUUCAAGGAGUUUGGCCUGUCCAAUUAUGUAUCAUGGGAAGUGGCUGAAAUUGUGUGCCUGUGCAGACAAAAUAAUUGGAUUGUGCCAACUGUUUAUCAGGGAAUGUACAACGCCACCACAAGACAGGUCGAGACGGAGUUGCUGCCAUGCUUGAGGUACUUUGGGUUGAAGUUCUACGCAUACAACCCUCUUGCAGGGGGCCUUCUGACAGGGAAGUAUCACUUUGAGGACAAAGAUUCAGCUCAGCCUGAAGGGAGGUUCUUUGGAAACAACUGGGCUGCAGCAUACAGGGACAGAUACUGGAAGCAGAGCCACUUCCAAGCCAUAGAAAUGGUCCAAAACGCCUUGGAGUUGGCAUAUGGUCCAACACCGCCCACGCUGUUGUCUGCUGCCAUACGCUGGAUGUACCACCACUCCCAGCUCAAGGGUGACCUCGGCGACGGUGUAAUCAUUGGCAUGUCCAGCAUGGAGCAGCUGGUACAGAACCUGGCAGCCGCUGAAGAAGGUCCUCUUGAUGAGAAGGUGGUAAAAGCGUUUGAGGACGCUUGGAAGCUGGUCGUUCACGAAUGUCCCAACUACUUCAGAUAGACGUUGCAGAAUAAGGAUCGUCGUCAGACGAGCGAGGCGCAAAUUUGAUCAGUAAUUACACGGUACCCAAGAAAUGGGGUAUUGUGCUCUUGGAAUAAAUUUAGAAUGAGUCUUGAAAGCAAUGCACCUUUAAUGGGUGAACUUAAUUUGACCCGACCCAAAUCAACUGGAAACCGGUGAAUGGAAUUACCCAGCUUUUUAAUGUUUCACUAAUAUUGCCAAGACGGCAACAUCUGUAUGCCUUUCUGAGACUUUUCCUGCUUCCUCAGUUAUUUAGCUUUGCGUCCACUUUUUGGUCUCCGGUUUUCCAACGCGCCCCCCAAAACAUGGGUUAAUUGAAGGCUCUAAAUUGUUUGAAGGUGUAAAUGUGUAACUGGUUGAUGCAAUAACUGCCUGACACUAUUUCAAGCAGUAUCUUGCCAAACUCUGCUAGGAAAGGCACCGGCAGAGGGAGAAUGGCUUUCAGCAGACUUGAAAGGUUCUCACUUUAAACUUAGCACUAUUUGAAUGUGCAUGCUUUCCACCAAUUUGUUACUUGUACUGUACUCGAAUUGUUUCAAGAUUAGUUUUGUAAAUCUGAUGAUACUUCAUUUCCAUACAGAAUUUCACCUGAUUUUAAAUGUAACAUUUUUUGGUUUACAUUGUGGCAUUGGUACAUGUAAUAAUAGCAAUGUUUUCAAACCAUACUGUACAGUUGAGCAACAUUUGUCCAUAGCUUUAAAAAAAAAAAAAAAGUUGGAGGGUAAGAGUACAUUUCCUGGAACCCACUAAAUUUCAACAUCCUGAUCAUGUGACAUUUAAAAGUUAUAAACGAAUGGAAGGGGGGAAAAAAAGUCAUCUUCUUUCACUCUCCAUCUUCUGCCUCUUCAUCAUCAUCCUCCACUUCGUUAUCCUGCAUGGGAUGGUCUUCCCCCUCCAGGAUCUCAAAUGCUCCGGUUUCAGAACUCCACAUGCAUUUGAUGGUCACUUUGAACUCUGCCAUCUCUAUACCCAACAGUUUCUGGAACAACAGCAAAAAAAUAUAUUAAACAGAUUAGAUGCUAUAAUCAAAAACGUAUCAGUUGUAUUAUUUACCCAACAGCAAAGAGUAUUACAGAUCUUGAAAAGGAAUAUUUUCCUGUAUCCUCGUAUGCUGUUGGCAGGUCAGGGAUAUGACACCAGUUUAAAAGUCAAAUAUAAUGCUUUUUAAGACAUGUGUAAGACCCUAAAAAUAUAAGACCAAAACAAUUUCUGAUGACAAAAAACAUUGUGUAAACACAGAACUUAUGCCACAGACAGCUGCUAGUGUCCCUCCUUUCGUGUACAUUUCACAUGUUUAUUUUCGGUCAAUUUCUUUUCCUGUUGAGCCAUUUAAGGGUCACUUCCUGUUAAUUUGGAUUACUGAAAAGGAAGUGACUCAAGAAUGUCCCCAAAUGAAUAGGAAGUGACUCAAAAUCAACUGGAAAUCGCCUGUAAAUGCCCUAGUUUCAGUAACUGGAUUGGACGUCUAGCGCAGUCAAUGGUAGCCAAAGAGCUAACGUAGACACUAUUUUUUUUUUUAAACAGACACCUUUUUAAAACGAUAUCGGUUCUUGGUCUGAGCAUAUCAAUAAUCUUUUGGGCUACAAGGUACCAUUGUAUGUCACCUUUUCAAUAUGGUUUCACAUACCUACUUUACAACAGACCAACCACCUCUUAAAUAUACAAUCUUCCAUCCAUUUUUGAUUAAAUUCACACGUCCGCAUCUCUGCAUAUUCCCGCUCACCUCUACAACUGCGAAUAACCAGAAAAAUGGCGUCAUGGCAACAACUCAAGUCACUAACGUAUGCCAAUGUUGCAGACAACGUACCAUAUAACAUAUAUUAAUCCUUAACUCCCGUAUCUAGUGCAUGGCCAUAAAUAAAACAAAUGCACACCAUUAGAAGUUUUACGGCAGACGCAGUGUAAUCAAACACAUCGUCUGGAAAUUUGAUACCUACAGCAAUUUUCCAUUGAAUUUAAGACAAAGGACCCGCGGGAACCCUGCAUGGGUUGCAAUCAUUUGUGUUAAAACAUAAAUUGAACUUUACAACUUGAGCUAUUGCAAAAUCAAGAUAUCAGUUAUGGGAUGUGGUUGGUGAAAAAAAAACAUUUUCUUAGUUGUAUCUUAACAUCCAGCUGGGAAUAGCAAACAUGGCUAGGUUCAUACCGCAGGUCUUAAUGCACAAAUCAGAUUUUUUCAUGGUUUUCCCCCGACCUGAUUGAGGCAUUACCUUGACGGUCUGAACGUGACAAGUCGCAUAGAAGUGGACCAUUUCAAAUCCGACCUGGGUCACAUUUUUCCAGAUUGUAGCUGUGGUCUGAACUGUCAAAUCUCCCAAAACGGAAUUCAUGCAGCAAUUACGUCAGCAAAUAGCGAGCAGCACGGAGGACGGCAGCGAUGGCGCUGUACAUUAGCGCUCGGCUUUUUGGGAAGAGAGUGGCUUGACAAGUCGUAAAAUAAAAUAAAAUUUUUGUAUACCUGAGAAUGCUUGGUUUACUUUCAGUGCGCAAAAUGAGCAGGACUGUAUUUCAAUAUUGCUUACAUGGCCGAGAGUUGGGGCAACUGACCGUAUGUGUGCGGUGCACGUUCUAUCAAUCCGUAUAAACUUUGAAAAUAAGACUAAACCGGGAUUAUUUAUGUUAUUUGUGUCCUCUUUUUGGAAAUAAAAAUAUGAUCACCCUAGAAUGAUGCAGAGGCAGCUUGUGUGGUCAGUUUGCUCAGCGCAUGUCACACUGCGAUUUAGUGCGCAUGCGUAAUACUUGAACGUGCUCAAUGGACAAAGGCAGUCUGAACGGGCACGCCAAAAAAAAAAAAAGAUGACAAAAAAAUCAGAAUUGUGCAUUAUGCAGUAUGAACCUAGUCCAUGUUACAUGAUGUGCUGAUGCUUUGAUGAAAAUCACUCUUCUUGUAAAAAAAUGGCAUGUUAGAGGCACUUAAGUCAUUUUCCAACAUUUUGUAGAAGAUGGGUUGAAACUAGCCUGGUACUCCAGACUCACCGCUGUUCCAGCUAUUGAGUCUGGUCACCAUUAAGCGGAUAAAAUUUCCAGGGUGGAGCAAGCCACAGCAAACAGACAGUGGAGUGGACCAAUCAGCGACGGGCGGGACGAGGGACUUGCGCGCGGAAGUGAACAUACGAGGAGAGCAGAGUUUAUUCAACAUGGCUAGCGCGACACAGACUGUUCAAUGACUUGUGUCGAUGUGUUUUUGGUAAUUUAAAACUGAUUUUACGGUGAAUUGGAACAUAUUGUCGGCUCUCCUGUUCUCCACUCCUGUCCUCCUGUUCGCCAUCUGUGUUGUUGUGGAGACGACUUCCGACGCGGAAGAGUGAGGUUGCUCGUCAAGAACACGUCACGGAAAUAAACUAAUCUGAUAUGUCGAUUGAUUUUGUACUUGCUCGAGAGGCCGUUAAUGGGCUGGGUCCUAGACUAUACUCUCAGUGUUUGAAAAACACAGGGAGAACAGUCUGGCCCUGCCAGGCAAGGUUGAAACGGGAGUGUGCUUUGGUUGAAGUGUGUUAUCUGUUGUUUUUAUUGCAAUCGCAUUUGCGAGUUCAAUGGUAGGUUUUGAAAUUGGUCACUGUUCGACAUCAUAUCGUGCCCUGCAUUAUGCAAUUGCGUGCUCUCUUCUUUCUUUUCUCCAAGCUCGUCUCUAUGGCCUUGACGCGAGUUGGACACUUCCUGGUUCUUAACUGGGCCACACGAAGCAUACAAUAUAAAAAUGCAGUAUUUAAAUCUAUACAUGCUAUGGUUUAGUACUAGGCCUGUCGCAAUAACAAAUUUUAGUAGGCGAUAUGUUGUGUCAAAUUAUUGCUAAUAUGCGAUAUUGUCAAUUUUUUUUUAAUCAAUUCAACCACUAAUGUAGUGACAAUUCAUCCUAAUAAAUCAACCAUUCAUUCAUCCGGUAUUUAAAAAAAAAAAAAAAGCCUUCAAGAAUUUUUGUGAAGAACUGUUCAUAAUGUUCUACUUGAAGUUCAUGUGCAGCUAAAUUUAUCUCCUAAUUUGAUUCAACAGCUCAUAAAUCGGGUCAGUUGUAAGUUGAAGUACCACAAUAUUACUCUUAACUCAUUUAUAUUCAGUACACAUUUUGCUUUCCUAGCAAUAAAUACAAUAUCUCAUUAACUUACCAGAAUACGAGCUUGCUCAGGGGUGAGAAUAUCGCCGUCUUUGCAGACCGUGUGGUCCUUCAGUAGUGUCACAACACCUAUAGAAUAAAAAAUAUGGUGCACUUCCACAUUAGGGAUGUCACAGGAUUGACUAUCAUAGUAAUAAAAGUGGUUGGAAACGUGAUAUAAAAUAACAAGCCAUAGUGCUAAAAAUACAUAGAUAUCUUCUGCAUUACGUGUUCCAAAUUGGGAUUGCCACCUUUUUUGAGCGCAGUGGGGAGGCCGAGCUGCCUUAGCUGAGGCUCCAUGGAGUGAGUGAACUGCUCCAAAGGUCCUUCGUCCAGAGUCACAUCCAUCUGAGCUCGAUUUCCUGACCGUGCAUAAUCCAUCUCUUUGUAAUGGCUGAAAUACCUGUGCGGGGAGGGGACCAAAAUUAUUCAAAUCUACAUUAACUGCAAUUGAAAGCCUUUCUGAUUUUACAUUAUUUUGAACUCACUUAGAUUGCAAAUACUUUUAAGGGGAAAAAAAGCUUUAUCGUCAUAUAAUGUGAUCAUUUUUAUUAUGAGCCUUGCAUCACAAAUGGUAUCGUGAGGUACCCAGAGGUUCCCAGUCCUAGGUAUCGGCGCUCAGUUCAAAACAGUGUUAGAGUAAGGUUUAUAAUCACAUUUAUGUUUUAAGAUGAUUUGUCCUACGACUCCUACCGUUGAUGAAGUAUAGCAAGCACCAUAUAUUUUGGGGGGGGUUUCUAAAUGUUUUCCAGUUUCUGCAACACUUUAAUAAUGAGUUAACGAGUUUGUAUUAAUAAAUCCCCGGUAAAGUGCUUACUCACUCUUGUACCUCCUCCUUGGUUUUAUUGGUGAAAAGCACUCCCACUUCCCCUCGAAGAUGCUUGCUGACCUGCAAAAAAGGACCAGUCUGAUUGUGAACUGUAAAUCCUCAAUUUAAACAUUAGCUUUAUUACA